AUGGCAGCGUGGUCUGAACUCCCAGAGGACCUCCUAGCCCUGGUCUUUGCGCGCAUCUUUUUCCCUGUCGAUCGUGCUUGCUUUCAGGCCGUGUGCCGUUCUUGGCGCUCUGCAGCGCGCCCCCCUGCGAGGCAGCUUCCAUGGAUCGUGUUCCCGAAUGGCGGGGUCAUGACCCCCUUUGACCGUGUUGUGCAUCGCAUCGCCUCCUACCCCAAAGCCAUAACGAGCUGCGUUGGUAUGGCUCUCGCCGUCCGUGCUUGGCACCGGUUUGUCUCCUUGCCCAAGACGACGACAUGCAUUGGCUCUACAGAUGGUUGGAUCGCCAUCGACGACCGUGUGGGCAAGAUGUAUAGAAACUACUUGUUGCACAACAUGUUUUCUGGCACGACAUUGUCUCUCCCCGAGCUGGACGCUGCCAUCGGCCAUGUUUCCAAGCUUUUCAACAUACGCAAGGUGUUGUUGCGGUCCACCCCGGAUGACGUCAUUGCUCUCAUGACCAACCAUCGCAGUUGCCCCAUCAUCUUAACCCGGCUUGGGAAGGGCGUGUGGUUGCCCAAGUCUUAUGCGGCUCCCCUCGUGAGCAUCAUCGAUGUUGCUUUUCUUGGAGACAGACUUUAUGGGGUCACAAAGGAUGAGGAUCUAGUCUUCCUUGACAUUGCCUUCAAUUAUAGCGGCGUACCCAUUGUUACCGGUGGCAAGUGUGUCAUCGGGGAAGGUUUUGACCAUGAUGAUUACGACGACCAUGACACAGAGGAUGAUGACUUGACCAAGAUGACCAAGAAGGACAUGGUUCCUCAAGAAUUCCGAUAUAUUGAUGUAGACGAGUCCAUGGAGAAUGACAUCAAAACCAUGUGGUACCUGAUCGAGUCACGUGGGAAGCUGCUCAUGGUGAGGCGACAAGUGGUAACGCCUUUUGAGUUCACUCACACGGUAGAGGUUUUCGAGGCCGACAUGAGGGCAGCCAUGUGGGUGCCGGUGGAGGCGUGGCUAGAGGACCAGGCGCUUUUCAUCAGCAGACGGUUCAGCAAGUCUGUCUCUGCUGCUUUCAGCACGGCGAUACAAAAGGAUGCUAUUUAUUUUGCUGACACGGAAGAUGUAUUCGACAUGAGAUCCCAAACAGUGAGUGCCCAAGGGAAUGAUCUCGAUAGCUACAACGCAUACCUAAGGUCGUGGAACUCGAGGCAGCUAAUGUGGGUAUUUCCUCCGGAGCUAGUAGCUUAA